GGGCGGGGCAUCGCGCGGAGCGGCUCUGCCUGCGUCCGCUCGUCCGACGGCCAAGGGUGGGCGCAGAUCCCUGAAGGCGCUCCGCUGCGAACCCGGCAGAAAGAAACUUUGGGGUCCCCGGAGUGCCGGCUGGCGGGGCGUUCGGCCGGCUUCUCGUGCUUGGUCUUGAGGCUCAGCCGCUCCAGGAAGCGCGAUGUCGAAGCCGCCACCCAAACCGGUCAAACCAGGGCAAGUUAAAGUGUUCAGAGCUCUUUAUACGUUUGAACCCAGAACUCCAGAUGAGUUGUACUUUGAGGAAGGUGAUAUUAUCUACAUUACUGACAUGAGUGAUACCAAUUGGUGGAAAGGCACAUCCAAAGGCAGGACUGGACUCAUCCCAAGCAACUACGUGGCUGAGCAGGCAGAAUCCAUUGACAAUCCAUUGCAUGAAGCUGCAAAAAGAGGCAACUUGAGCUGGUUGAGAGAGUGUUUGGACAACGGAGUCGGCGUUAAUGGCUUAGACAAGGCUGGAAGCACCGCGCUCUACUGGGCCUGCCACGGGGGCCAUAAAGACGUAGUGGAAGUGCUGUUUACUCAACCAAACGUUGAACUGAACCAACAGAACAAGUUGGGAGACACAGCCUUACACGCUGCCGCCUGGAAGGGUUAUGCAGAUAUUGUCCAGUUGCUUCUGGAAAAAGGUGCGAGAACAGACUUAAAAAACAAUGAGAAGAAGCUGGCCCUGGACAUGGCUACGAAUGCCGCCUGCGCGUCUCUCCUGAAAAAGAAACAGGGCACAGCCUCCUGACCCACGAGAAUUCAGAGGUAGAGAAAAGAAAAGUAGGAGAUGAUUUGGUUGGAGGGCACAUUCACUCUCCCCCGUCUGCUCCUCAAGCCUUCCUCUACUCCUGUGUUUGGCUCUCUAAUGCCACUUUGAAGGAGAAGCCAAUGAUUGAUGCAUCUCUCCCGCCAUUUUCUAGAAUGGAUGCUAGUAUAAUGGAGAACUUACUUUUCACAAGUCUUCAUUUCACAUCACUACUCACCAUUCCAACCCUACUCUGUGUUGCUGUGGAGAUGGAAGUUGAGACUGAUUCAUGCUGGUGCAGAAUCACCAGAUCAGCUUCUGAUGCAUUUCUGGUGUAGAGGCUCCAUCCAUUUGUUUGCAUUUUAAGCUGAGUCCGAUCACUGUCAGAGUUCUGAGCUUGUGUAACGAGGUACUGAUUUCUGUUUCAUCAUGUAAAUCACACUCCCAUUAAUUUUUGAACUUUGGGAAAGCUUUUUUCUUCCUUAGCUAAGUACCCUUUGUUUUAUAAGAAGAGGCAACGUUAUCUUUUCUUAUGUAUAGCCCAGUUCCAGCAGAAGCAACAAAAUAAAGCCAGUCCUCUGGUUUCCUGCUUUAGUCGAUCAAAAAUCGCAAACAGAGCUUAUCUCUUCCUGACUUACCAAGGGAGCCACCAGAAUUAUCCUCCUUGCCUGUCCGUCACCACAUUCCCCUCAUAGCCCUCCUCACGAAUCUGCUGUUCCUCUGUUCUUUACUCCAGAUAGGUCUUUGCUCCAGAUUUUUAUUUCUUUUAACUUUCAGUUCAGAUAUAGUGCAAACCAUUAAACCAUUAAGAAACUUGGGUUCCUUAAUUAUUUAAGCCAUGAAUUCUCACUGGCAGAGAUAGUGUUUCUUUAAAAUAAUUACUCAUGCAUAGAUGGAUUGAGGGUCUGCUAAAGGGGUGAGAAAGUAUUUACCAGCUGAGGGCUGCUCCUUAGCAAUCCUACAUUUUGACUGAGAAGCCAUAUAUGUACCUAUGAGGGAGAAAUACUUUUACUUGGAGCCUGUCUCUACCUUCCUGCUGCCUUGGUUGGUUCUGGAAGUCGGACUAUGGCCUAACUUCUUUUUUCUGCCGCUGACUUCCUGUUGCUCUGUUUGCUAUGUGGGUCCCUUCAGAAUGUCCUGAUCAUGGAGUAAGACUUCUUAUGAGCUGAAGGUUAUCAGAGACUCAUGUACACUAUAAGCUUGAUCAUGGUAGACAAGGAAAAUGCCACACUUUGGAUUAGACCCCAGCGAGCUGUACCCAGAGCCUCCACGUGGGCAGCAGGAGCUGGGGGACGCAGAAGGCAAACUGCUCUUUUCUGCCUCACCUUUCUAUAGUCUUUGUAGAAUGGGGCUGGGAGGAAAGUCUCUUUUUCUCUGUUCAUGCCAAGUGUCUUUAGGCUACUUUCCUAAAUUUGUAUCGAUUAGAUAAUGGACUCAUUAAUGAGGUAAUCUGGGGGCCUGGCACACAGAGGCAAGAAAUGAACUUUCACAUUUUAGUUUUCAUGUUACCUUUUUCCUCUCUUUUUUCUUGCUUCAUUCCAUAAUCAUCCAGUAAAAUAUUUGAAUUUGUAUUGUGAUCCUAGUUGGAAUCAGAGUUGACUAUUGGGCCAUAUAGGUAAUUAUCAGCACAAACUCUGCACUGAAAAAAGUAUAUCCUGAUGUUUCUUGCCCACUUUUAAGAACACAUCUUGGAUUUUUGGAAGAGAAAAAAAAAGUUCCAUUUUUGUAGUUACCUUGGGUAACUUUGGGAUAUGAGUGCAGGAUCAGGGUUCAACCCCACCUUAAGGGUUCCACAAUGUAAAUUCUUUUUCCAGUUUUUACAAAUUGGGGCAUAAUUUAUAUUAAGUAAAUAUAUAAAUCCCAAGUUUACAUCUUGAUGUGUAUGUGUGUGUGUGAGUGUAAGUGUGUGUGUUUUAACUGUGCUCACACCUAUUUGCCACAACCCAGAUCAAGGUAGAGCAUAUUUUCCAUACCCAAGAAGCCCCUUCCAUAUUCUCCCUUUCUCUCAUCAUUUGCCUGUGCUUGAACUUGAUAUAAAUGGAACCAAACAGUAUGUACUUUUUUGUGUUUAACUUCUUUUCACUUAAUACUCUGUCUGUGAGAUAUAUUUAGCUUAAUGUGUCUUUCUUUCUACCACUUAUUUAUUUAUCGUUUGUUUGUUUGUCUUAAAUACUGGUGCUUGAUUUGGAAUGUGCAGUUCCAGGUCAGUGACACUGGGGAGAAAUGGAAGUGACGUAGGAAAGAAGGGGAUGCAUCACUAGGAGAUACAUUACUAUUAUCAUGGCCACGGCCAGGAUGGGCGGGCUGUGAAGAGAUACAGCUCCUCAGCACUUGGCCAUAUGAGAAGUUUCCAGAGAAACUGCCUGAGCACGAUCUGUGAAAGGAAGGAAGGUGGAGGAGUUUAUUUGCCUGGCUCAUUCCUGUCUCUUGAUUUCCUGUCAGUAACGUUUGCGCCAUGGCGCGCCAUCUUCUCUUGCUAACAGGAGAAACGAGGUUGAAAUAAAAGGCAGAAGUAACCAUGGAAGGACAAAGACUAUCUCAAGUGGCAAAACAUAGGAUUGUAGUAAUGAAGUAGAGUAGGAAAGAGCUUUGAUAUUGUCUUUUUGUCUGUGGCUCAGAAGGCUUCUUUUCCUAAGUUUACAGCCAGUCUGAAGGUUGUGAGUAUGUGUGGGAUAGGACAAAGUAUAUUCUAUCCAGGUCUCCGAAUUUCUCGUAAGGUGGAUGGACACAAAUACCGAAACCUGGAGACUUCUAGGAGUUUGGAAGCUGCUGUGAAAUCUUUGAAGUUUGCCUCUGUUCUGCUUAUAUCCAUUUGUUCCUUCAUGUUUCCUUCUUGUAGAUAAAUCCAUUUCAACUUCCCUUGUACCAACUCUCCCUUGUCCCUUCCUUUUUUGCAAUAAUUCUAAAUUUAUAAAGAUGAUAACUGAAAAAAACUAUAGUAUCAUCAGCAUGCAUAAAAUUAAUAAUGCCUUUGUAUCAUCAAAUAAAUCUUGUCAUUUCCCAAAUUUCCCCCUUUUUUCCAUAUAUGUUUGUUUAUGCUUUAUUUACAUAUUUUU